AUUUAAAAAAACCGCUUAUGAACUUGUGGUGUCACCUAAAACACCUGAUUAUGACAACAUAAUAUUUUCAUGAUAAUAUAACCUAUCUUUUAUUUACUUAGAAGUUUUUUAUAAACUUAUCAUUUUCCAACGCACCGAUAAAUCCCCAUAUCCCUAAAUAAUUUUAAUUCGCGAGUCUCUCUUAGAUAACUAUAACCUUUUUCGAUUGCAUUGCUACCCUGUAUUAAACAUAGGGUAUAUAUAAUAAAUAGUUUAUUAUUAAUUAUACAUAUAAAUACAAAAUAAAAUAUGGAAAAAAAAAUUAUACUUGUGACUGGAGGUACAGGUCUCAUUGGUAAAGCUAUUGAAAAUAUAGUUAAUGAAGAGAAACAAGAUAACGAAGAGUGGAUAUUCGUGGGAUCUAAAGAAGCAGAUUUAUGCGAUAAAAAAAGCACGGAACAGUUGUUUGAAAAAUACAAACCUACUCAUGUAAUACAUUUGGCUGCUAUGGUUGGUGGUUUAUUCCAUAACAUGGCACAUAAUUUAGAUUUUUUUCGUAAUAAUCUUCACAUAAAUGAUAACGUUUUACAAACUGCUCAUGAAAAUAAUGUUAUCAAAGUUGUUUCCUGUCUUUCUACCUGUAUAUUUCCUGACAAAACAAUAUACCCAAUAGACGAAACUAUGAUUCAUAAUGGUCCACCUCAUCCAUCAAAUUAUGGAUAUAGUUAUGCGAAACGACUGUUAGAUGUUGCGAAUCACGCAUACCUUGAACAGAAUAACAGACUCUACACAAGUAUUAUUCCAUGUAAUGUUUUCGGACCUCAUGAUAAUUUUAAUCCACAUUCAAGUCAUGUUAUUCCUGGAUUAAUGAGAAAGUUAUAUGACCUCAUUAAAAAUGGCAAUACUGAAGAUAAAAUAUUCACAGUAUUAGGAUCAGGGAAACCUUUGAGACAAUUUAUUUACAGUUUAGAUUUAGCAAAACUUAUUUUAUGGGUUCUUCGUGAAUAUAAUUCCGUCGAACCAAUAAUUCUAUCCGUCGAUGAAAAAGAUGAAGUUUCAAUCUCAAAAGUAGCUGAAACACUUUCGAAAGCUUUUGAUUUUAAAGGAAAAAUCGUAUAUGAUACUACGGCAGCAGAUGGUCAAUACAAAAAGACCGCAAGUAAUUCAAAACUAAGGAAUUAUUUACCAGCCAUGCAGUUUACUUCAUUUGAAAAUGCAAUCAAAGAAACUGUUAAUUGGUAUCGUAGUAAUUAUAAUAUAGCAAGAAAUUAGUCAAUUUCAAACCAUUAUAAAUACUUCUGUUUUAAUUAUUUUCAAUGUUAAAACGUCAAUUUUAUUUUUCAUUCAAUUAUCUUUUAAUACAAUUAUCAGAGUAAAGAACCUAUAAUUAUCGUAGUCGGCUUAUAAAACUUGCUCCAUGGCAGGAUACUUUAAUAAUUAUGGAAUAAUUCAAUUUGGAUCAAUUUUUAUCAAAAUUAGUUUAUUUUAAAAUAUUGAAAAUUAAUUUCACAGGUGCCACGGGGCAAGUUUUAUAAGUCGAAUACGAUAAAUACUAAUGAAGAAAUAAAACUAUGUACGAUAAAAUAUUUUAUCGCCAAUAA